AUGGCUUCCAAAAAUCAGGCCUCUAUUACCCUUUUCUUAUCACUUAAUCUCCUCUUCUUUGCUCUUGUAAGUGCAAAGUAUUCAACUGAUAAAAGUGCAAAGUGUUCAACUAAUAUUUUGAAAUUUGGGGCAUGUACUAAUCUAGUUAAUGAUUUGUUGGGUGUAAUUAUCGGGACUACUCCAACUUCGUCAUGCUGCAGUUUGAUUGGGGGACUGGUGGACCUAGAGGCCGCGGUUUGCUUGUGCACAGCCAUAAAAGCAGAUAUUGUGGGAAUUCAUUUGGAUAUACCAAUCUAUGUAAACAUCCUUCUCAACGUCUGUGGAAAAAAAUAUCCUACUGGUUACACUUGUUGA